UUGGCAGUCGGACACAUGGCCUUGUCCCUCGUCAUGAGUCCCAUCGCUCUUUCCUCUCUCUUUCCUCUCUUGCACUCUCAUAGGACAUGGCAGCUUCCUUCCCACCCUUGUUCGGGGCGAUCUACAAUCUUCCUUUCCUCCUCAGAUUCAUCCACGAAAGAACUCUCUUGAACAACUUCAAGUCCUUAGCCCAACGCUUCUUGUGGCACCCACUGCAAGUGCCUAAGCCACAGAGUCAUUCCCGGAGAUGACUUCAAGUUGAUUCCUCCUUCAAUCAAGACAGCCACCUCUCUGUUCAGUAGGUACUCUGUUCACAGACUAAGGUACCUAGGGCCCACCCCCCAUUUCUUCUCUUUUCCUCAAUCUCACACUCUUCUCUUGUUCCAUUCCCUCUUUGUACCAAGGGAUGAGAUUUUCGCCUUCAAACCUAACCCCCAAUCCAGCAACAUAAUAUCAUCUUACCAUUUAUUUCUCCAAGCACACUCGCCAUGGCCUCCCCCGGCUACUUUUGACCCAAGCAAGAGAUGUGAUGUCAUUCUCGUGCUGGAUGCCUUGUCAUAUAACGUCCAACCUCAGGCAGACUUCUAUCACCAGUUCUGAGGCUCUGCCCCUCUCUGUGUUUGUGCCCCACCAUGACGUUCUUGUUAGCUUCCACGCAUCCUCAAUUGUGAUACCCUUUACAUGUCCAAGAACCACGCUACGCAUGUCUCAUCUACUUUGAGACGAUAUCAUCUCUAACCCCGAUGCUCCCUCCUCCUUGUUCAACUCCUAUCUCUCACGACAAAUUGAGCCUCUCCUCGUCAUAGACCCUCGGAUUCUUGGGUCUCCCCGUUGCCAUGUCACAAGUCGCAACGAGGCACGCCUCGAAAGGGGCAACCAAGGUCAAGCGCCGGACCGCCCGAGCCUGUGAUCGGUGUCGACUGAAAAAGGCAAAGUGCGAUGGAGCUUCCAGAUGCAAGACAUGCGAGCAGAACGAUGGUAACUGCACGUAUACCGCGCGACGUAGCCGCGAAGCAAGGACUUAGUAAAUAUUUCUCAAUCUCAUUCAAUCCCCUUCUAACUAGUAUCUUUUCAGUUACUCUCAAAUGCGAGAGGUCAUGGAUGAGGCUCUCCAGCGACUUUUCAACGCUUGUUAUCACAACACCGGGUUUCCUGGACAACUUCCACCUCACCUCAAUCACUCACCAUCGACCAAUGACAUUUUAAAGGCAUUGGGCCUGAUGACGCCAGAGCUCGAGGACGAGUCCAUCGACACUCCGCUGAGAACGACUACUGCACACUCCUCCUCCAACAUUGCCUCCCAACGCUCAAUCUCUCCUACCGGUGACCUUCGUGUCGCACAAAGUUCUCUCCAUAUGCUCCCCUCUUUAGACCAAGAUGAUUCGCCGUCAUCAAGGCCAUUGUCACGCCCCAAUCAGCCUGCAAGCCUACCGUCUGCCCCGGCUGUUCUCCCCUCACAACUUCCAGAUAUCCAAGCGCAGACCUCACGAAUGACCGCUCCGGGAAUCGGCCAGAGAGGCCCAGACGUCCACACGACCUCGGACACGCUCCCGGACAUGGAGAACUUCGUUAAUCUUGCACUGUGUGAAAUGCCAACGAGCAGCAUGCAGCAAUCGUCUUCCAGGUUCAACGACAUGCCAGAUUUUGCGUUCAACCCACCCUCUUCCGGUUUGAUUCCUCAGCUUAACCUUGCCACGGACGACUGCUUAGCCCCAUGGCCCAGCACGGUGGCUGUAACCCACCAGGGUGGUUUCCGCGUACGAUGAUCUUUGGUUUCAAGCCACGACCACGUUUUUCAGCCAGCUGGCGAGGAGGUGGAGGAGGCGAAUUUUUAUUUCUUGCACAUUCAGUGUUGAUGCAGGGUUAUAGAUACUCCAAGUUCUUUCUUGCGCUGGAGGAGACUUGCAAAUUUUUUGGGUAAACCAUAUCCCCUAUGUGGGGGUUGUAUUCAUCGCUGGCGUAACCACAUCUGGUGGACAGGUGAAUUGUUUAUAUGGAUCUCCUAGCAUAGAGAAAUCCUCCCACUUUAUUGGGAAUGGAUCUGCUGUUGGAUGGGCC